UGCUCCCCUGUCCGUGGUGUCCCCCGCCCUGUGCCCCGAGCUCCCCGGGACAGGCUCCAGGCUCCCCGCGACCCUGUGUAGGAUAAGUGGUAUGGAAAAUGGAUGGAUGUUAAUCACGUCCAGGUCUGUAAUCCUCAUGCCCCUCCUCAGCCUCCACACGGAGGAUAAAACCUUCCAGAGCCUUUCCGAAACGCAACUCAUCUCUCCGACGAUGUUUCUCCUGCGGUUCCUCAGCACCUUUUUCACAGCACUGAUCCCGGACGAGGACAAAAAGAAGCUGAAAGCAGGCACAUAUGACAUCUCCAUGUUUAAGCGUGGGGAUCUCCUAGAGGUUCCACGAACGCUCUUCACACAUUUUGGGAUCUACCUGGGCAACAACCGUGUGGCUCACCUCAUUCCUGACAUCCUGCCCGUUAUCUCAUCUGAUAAAAGCGCCAUCUCCGCGAUGGUGACCAACAACCGGCUGAUCCUGGGUGCGAUCAUGAAAAAGGCCAGCGUUCGAGUGGACUCUGUGGAGGACUUUGCGUACGGAGCUGAGAUUCUGGUGAACAGCAUGGACAGGGUGUGCAGUCGGCCGCCGCUCCACGGUGAAGAGGUGGCCAGGCGAGCGGAGAAGCUGACGGGAUCCGUGGAUUACAGUCUGCUGUGGUUCAACUGUGAACAUUACGUCAUGUUCUGCAGAUACGGAACCAGCAUGAGCUUUCAGACCUACCAGUUCUGUAAAAGUGUCAGGAAGAUGGUGUUCAGUAGGACCAGCUCAUUCCUGAGUCUUGUGAUGUGUGUGUUCAUUACGGUGUUCCUGGGCAGUGUGUCGGUGUGUGGAGUGUUACUCAUGCUGAUCAUUCCCUUCACCAUAUGGAUGGCAUCGUGACUCUAAAGGUUAAUACAGACCAUGGUUUACUGGUCUCCAUGUAACUUUUUGCAUUGUUAUUACUGAACACUGUCGUGUAGAUUAGGAGUUAUCACUGUGUUCAUCUCACUACUGAUAUACAUUAGUGUAGAGAAUAAAAUCUACAUCAAGCUGGUGGAAAGUUCCAGAUUACGUGUGAACACUGAAUCUUAUGUGAGAAUAUCUGAAAUAAUUUAUUUUUUUUAUUGUACAAUAAACUUGGCAGCACAGUAGCGUUCUCUCCUCACAGUUCCUGCUUCCAUCUAGAGCUCAGGUUCUUCCCAUGUCCAUGCGGGUUUCCUCUGGGUUCUCUGGCUUCCUCCCACCUCCUAAAAGCAUGGUAGCGUCUGGACUGGCUAAGAUACAUUACCAUUAAGUGUGCAUGAAUGAAUGAAUGUGUGUGUGUGUGUGUGUGUGUGUGUGCGUGUGCGUGCGUGUGCGUGCGUGCGCGCGCGUGCGCGCGCGUGUGUGUGUGUGCGUGCGAGUAUGUGACACAUUGAAGUUAUAUCCAUGGAGUAUUCCUGCCUCACACCCAGAGUUCCUGGGAUAGACUCCGAAUCCACCACCACACUGACCAGGAUAAAGUAAAUGAAUGUAUGCAAUGUUUCUGAACAGAUUAAUAAUAUGAAUGUAUUCAUAUUAAUUUGUGGUGAUUUUUCUUUUGUCUCUGUCUCAACCAACACACUUUAUAUUAUACUCUUUAUAUAGCUACUGUGUUUAUGGUACAUUGAGAAAACCUUAUGUGUUUGGAAAUAAAUUAUAAGAUCAAUGUGUGAAUAAAUACCAUUUAUUUCUUUAUAUAUAAAGAUGGA